CCAUUUGGUGUGGCACGCGUUUGUUUUGUUUCCGGCGUGCCCAAACGGACGGCUCUUAGCUAGCGAAACACACACAAAAAGCCGCAGCACCCGCUCCGCUGCACCGACAAUGAAGCCCGCGGUGGACGAGAUGUUCCCCGAAGGAGCCGGACCCUACGUGGACCUGGACGAGGCAGGGGGCAGCAGCGGACUGCUGAUGGACCUGGCAGCCAAUGAGAAAGCAGUGCACUCGGAUUUCUUUAACGACUUCGAGGAUCUGUUCGACGACGACGACCUGCAGUGACGACCUCCGUGAAACGUGCACAUGAACAGAAAACAGUGGAAGCCCCGCCCCCCACCCCCACCCCCCUC